CUGUUCUCACUCAAGGAGAAAGUAAACAGCUCGGCGUAUAAGCACCUUAUCGCUCACGAGCAGGCGCGUAAUAACCGCGCUGCGCUAUGCAUGGUAUCGAAACACAAAACAAGCGAGGAGAGAGCUGCGGCAGAUGUGUUUGUGGCAGGUUGUUUUCCGGUGAUGCAGGUGGACAAUAGAGGGCCGAGAUCGUUCUGUUCCCCGAGAAGGCAAAAGGAUGACAUGUGAGAUUCUGAGUAGACUGUUGGCACUUUGCGUGAUAGCCUGCGUCGCGCGAGCGGGUUCCACCCUCCAAGACGCUCGAGAUUUCGAGGAGAAAGUGUCCAUUCUCCUGAAAGAAGAACCAGAAACCCCCAAAUGCUUUGCUGAAGGGAGGAAGGACUUCACGUGCUUCUGGGAGGAAGAUGAGGAGAGAGCUGGCUCUGUGCAUCAGUACUCCUUUACAUACACCUACCAAAAUGAAAACAGCAGCAGGUGCCCCCUCAGAGCCGUCCCUGCAGCAGGUGGGAAAAUGCUGUUUGUAUGCCAUCUGAACCGAAUUCAGAUGUUUGUCCAAAUGGACAUCCAAGUUCAUCGGGAGGGAAUACUGAUACACAAUCGCAGCCUCCUCAUCGAACUCGUCUUUCUUCUGGAUCCUCCUGCUAAUGUAACAGUGAGCAGCACAGGUCAGCAAGGCCAGCUGAAUGUCAGCUGGGUGCCACCUCCUCUGAAGUAUAUGGAUGACAGCAUGAUGUAUGAGGUCUUCUAUUCUCUGGCUGACAGCCACAUCGGGCAGGUUGAAGUGGCCCGGGCAUGCUCAGAAUAUAUCUUGAGAGGCCUGCAGUCCAGUAGAAAGUACAAGGUUCAAGUCCGUGUAAAACUGGAUGGAGUUAGCUACAAUGGCUACUGGAGUGCUUGGAGUGACCCAGUGUUCAUGGAAACUCUUAAUGCAGAAUUUGAUCCACUCAUCAUCUCCCUGACGCUCAUCAUCUCUUUCAUCUUCAUUGUCCUGUGUCUUGCUAUGCUCCUGUCCCAUCAUAGGUUCCUUAUAAAGAAGAUUUGGCCAGCUAUUCCAACUCCUGACAGCAAAUUUCAGGGUCUUUUUACCAUUUAUGGUGGGAACUUUCAGGAGUGGUUAGGGCAAACCAAUGGAGGUUUGUGGUUGACGCCAGCUUUCAUCUACUCAGAAGAAUGCCCCUCUCCUCUGGAAGUACUCUCAGAACUGAGCCUAUGCCCCUCACUGCCCUCCCCACCUCUGCCACCCAAGGCCUCUAGAGCUUUGAGUGCAGUCAGGAAUGAGGGCAGGGAAUUGAGGAAUGGGGUUGAAGAGAGAGCACUGUUGGUAAAAGACAAUUUAGAUGGCGAGACAGAUGGUGAAAGAGCCGCACCGCACCACCACUGGUUACUGGACCGUUUGCGGGCACUCCACCAGCACCAGGUUCCCUGCUCGCAGUCUUCUUUGCUGGAGUCUCAAGACACCUACGUCACCCUCAGUGCCAACAACAACAGUAUGGAUAGCAACCUUGAGGAAGCCUUGCCCCUUGAGGCUCUUUUUCUCUCUGGAAAUACAGCAUUGUGUGAAUCUCACUCUGACCUGGGAUCAGCGCCUCAAAGCUCUGGAUCAGGUUGCAUUUCUUCCCAGUCCAGUUUUGAGUACCCAAACCAUGCCUGGAUGGCCAAGGGCCCCGGGUACACCUACAUGGCAGUGGCAGACUCUGGGGUCUCAAUGGACUAUAGCCCCAUGAGCAGAGUUGAUGAAAAUGGAAAAGUGCCUGUCUACACCAACGAGUACAAGAACGCGAUCCCUGCUCACAGGAAACCCUUCUUGGUGAGGCAGUACCCUGUCCAUGAUGAUGGCUGAGAGGAAGCUAAACUGUUUUAAAACAGACUCUGUAAAGGGAAUUUGGAUAUUCACCCAAGGCAACAUGGCUUCCCAUCAACUGUUACGAAAGUAACUGGGGAGGUGACUGACACCACAGUGUAAGCUAAAGAACUCUGUACAGGACACUGAGGGAUUGAACUUCCUGAGUUUCUCCACCAUGAAGAAUUUUGUAAAGCUUCAUGUUAAGGCAUACAUAUUGACCAUUAACAGGUUUCUUAUUAGCAUGCAUACUGGUAGCAGACUGGUUCUUUAUUAGUCAUUAUAAAGCACUUUUUGAUGCUGCAGCCUGCACCAUAUACUACAAAUAUAAUUAAUUUGCUAUCUAAUUACUGCUCAUUGAUGGUAAAUAAGGAAGUAGUUAUUCAUGACCUAUUGCCAAUAUAAUAGCAGUUUUCCUUUUAUAGCAUUUAAUGAAUAUGGGGUAUUCUUGUGAAAGACUGCACAAAAGUAAGUGUUAAUAGUGUUAAAAAACCUGUAGGUUGACAGAGGUGCAAAGGAGCAAGAAGUACAAACUUGGCACAGCUAACACCAUUCUCCUUAUUAAUUGAUAGCAUACUUUUGUUUUCAUAUCAUGUUUAAGGUAUAGAAUAAAUGUACUGCUUUAACUAAAUUUUAUAAUUUUCAGCUGAUAGAGCUUUUAUUUUUCUCAGCAUGAGGCACCAUUUAGCACCCUAAUUCACACAUCGCAAAAGCCACACAGACAAAAAUGAACUUGCUUAAAGCAGUUCAUGCUGCUUGGUUAGAGCAGCAUUCUCUUUAUAAUGCUUUCUGUGCAGCAUGACAGAAUUUUAGGUGAACAAAGCAGUAGGAGUUUGCCUCUAGCUUUUAUGUCUUCUUGUUAGAAGUAAUGCGACUUUCAAAUUUUUUACGUUGUUGUAAAGUCAAACUUCAAGUUUCUGCAAUCUUUGAUAAAUUGUAUCAUUACUGACAUUAAAC